UCGUCUUUUUAUCCUAGGCAAACUUUAAAGGUUCCACUGAACUCUGAGCGGUCUGAUCGAUAUCCCUUCCUGUGUCUUGCUUUCAAGCUUGAGGCUAGCAAAUUCGGGCAGCUCACCUACAUUCGUGUCUACCAGGGGUGUCUUCACAGAGGCGACACUGUGAUAAACACGCGAAACGGCCGUCGUAUCCGCAUCGCCCGACUGGGCCGUGUGCAUGUCACCAGUUUUGAAGAGUUGGAGGUCAUAUACGCCGGUGAUAUAGCGGCCUUUUUCGGAGUUGAUUGCCUCUCGGGUGAUACUCUUGUAGAUACGAAAAUGGGCAAGUCGUUGUCAAUGGCAAGUUCGAACGCGUUUUAUGCGAACAUUUAUCCUCCAAAUCCUUUUCACAUCCACACUAGAAUCAGCACUGCAUGCACCUUUUGUGCUCCUAUCUACAGUUGUCGUUAA